AAAAAAUUUAAUCCCCCAAAACCCAAAGUAUUAAUACCCAGAGUUGACAAUUCUGCAUCACGUGCAUAGAAAUGGCGCCUAGAUACAUAUCUAGAAAAGAUUCCUUAAUCAUCAAAUUCAGUGUUAACCUUGAAGCUUUGAAGUCGUACAAUCUUUUUGUUAUUGAACCCAAUUUCUAACUCAAAAGCUGAAUGUAAAAAAAAAUGCAUUUAGAUAUACGGUUCAAGUAAAGUUAGUAUUUCUUUAUAGCUGUAAUCCCAAAAAGUAUUGGAAUUACCGUCCACUUGCAUUCAUUUCCUCAAGCUGAAAAUCUGAAUACGAAACAUAGUUGCGAUAAAAUGUCUAGCACAUCUGAAUUCUAUGUAAGAGAAGUGAAGAGUCAAUUGUUUAACAUAAAGUGGGAACUAGGAGAUGAUACCAGAAAAGCAACUCAAUACAGAGCCUGUGUCAAUCCUUGUGGAUCCUACUCGCAUAUGGUUUUCAAGAUGACAUGUGCCUAUCCUACAAAAACAGCACAAGAUCAGAAAAAGUUUGACCAUCAAAGAAAUCAAGACAAAGAAGAUUCAAAUGUUGGUUCAGGAUAAAGACAAAGAGAAUGAAAAUGCAGAUAACAGUGUCGAAGGUAUGAUUGAUGAAGAUGCCUUUAGUAAAUUCAUUUCACAUGAAACACAGUGCACAUUUAAAUCUACAGUACUGACAACUUAAAAAAAGAGCACUCAUCUUGAACCCUGACUUGUAUGUGUGGGAAGCAGGAUGGCCAUGGUUCAAGGCUUCUGGAGGCCAUAACACUUUGGAUUGAUUUUGGGACUGGUACCCAUAGGGAAAAGAACAUCAUCAGCACGAAGUGGCCGGAAUGUUUUACGAUCAACGACGAUGUGAUUCUGAAUUUUUCUUUAAUAAUGGAACGUAAAUCUGUGCCCACAUUUUGAUUCUGUCAGCUGGGAGCCCUGUAUUCGCCACAGUAUUCCAGUCAAAUAUGUUAAGAUUCCAAAACUCGCAGAAGACGGCAUGACACUGAAUCUCGACGAGGCUACAGAUAAAUAAGGCGUACGAACAUUUAACGAAAAUUGCGUGGACUCUUUGCUAAAACGCUUGAGAAGCGAAACUUACCUAAACGUGUUGGUUUGGUCUCAAUUCCACUCGUGAGAGGAACUUUUCGGAUCUGCCAUGAUGUUUACAGUCUUGCAACACGUGGCCAUUCUUACCGUUCCUUGUGAGUAUUAAAAUGCACCUUCUUUUGGUUGGAGGCGGAAACAUACCGUCACGUCACUCAAACUAAAUGGUAUAAACAUCUGGAGAUGGUCUUGGAAUCACUCAGGAUAUCCAAAACAAGAUGAAACAGUUGAAAUUCGGCUUCGUUGAGCCAUCACUAUUGCGUGCAACACGCGCAAAGGACAUCAACCACGAGUUUCCCACAGAGAUGCAUGAUACUAUAAUUUGCAACAAAGAAAGGGCAACUUUCUAGGAUUCGAUCUUGGUUGCUAAGAUGCAAAUUCUAGUUAAAUGCAUUGUUUUCCAAGCUGUUUCUCCUUUAUAUAAAUAGAGGUUCAGUACGGCUAAUGAAGAUGAAAGCAUCCGGCUUAAAACGUAGCAAGGAAGGAAUUUUUUUGGUUUUCACGCGUUCCCUGCAUUUGUCAUUGGUUGUUUUUAUUAUUGUGCUUCUAAUACGAAAUGCCAACCUUUCAAAGAAGACAAAUUUGACCGGUAGACACUUUGAUUUUGUCAUUUUUCAUCAACCACCUUUCGAUAUUUUAAAGCGAGGACCGAAUGGCACCUACACUUGGACUGGAUCGGACCGUUAUUUGAUCGAAUGGCUAGCACCAAAAUUAAACUUUACAUACUCCUUGGUGCUAAUUAAUCAAACCAUUGCCGAUAAAUAUGGCACGCACGAGGGUUUGUAUUACCAACUCAUAAAUGAAGAAGCUAUCGAUGGCAUAGCAAGCUCUUUCUACUUAACGAUGGACCGUGUAACAAGAAUGGACUAUACUUUCCCGACAUGGGCUGAUGGAUUUAGUCUCGUUGUGCCAAGACCAGGAGAAGAAAACCGAUUAUUCGCUUUCGUUGGUCCAUUUCAACCUACGGUUUGGUUAUUGAUCUUUAUUAGCAUUUUCGUCUUAGUCAGCGUGAUGACUCUUUUUACUUGGAUACAUCAACGGAAUGUAAAGAACUCUUUGAGUCCAUCUACCAUUGAUACAGAAUCGAACAACCAACCUAAAGGAAACGAAGAAGUAAGGAAUAUUUCCCUUCAACGAAGUCUUUUUACUUCAUUUGGAUCUCAUAUGAUAUAUGUAAUGAAUAUCAUGACGAAUCAAGGGGGUAGAGAAGUUUUUAGUUACUUAUCGUUUCGCAUCAUGGUUGGAAUAUGGGUUCUGUGCGCCACGGUGUUGGUUAAUUCUUAUACAGGAAUUGUCAUUUCGUCGCUUACGACGCCGCGAAUGAAACCAGCCAUAAAUUCGUUCGAAGAUUUGGCCGCAAGUAAAGAAGUUUCAAUAAUUCUGAGGCACGACACGGCGAUAGGGGAACAAAUAUUGAAAGCGACCUCUGGUGUUUAUAAGAUCCUUGGCGAUCAAGCCCGUAGCAAUCCUGGUCAUAUUCUUGGUGAUCCAUUGAAAUUAAACGCGAUGUUGGAAAACGGUCGUUAUGCUUAUCCGUUUCUCUCGAAAUUUGCCUAUUCGUUUGUCGGUUCACAAUAUAAAAAAGAAGGGAAAUGUCGAUUCAAAACAUCAAAAACGCUUUCCGCUAUGAUUGGAUACUAUUCAUUGCUGUUCAAGAAAGGAAGUUCUCACACACCAAUGUUCAGCAGAGCUCUUGUGGACAUGUUUGAAGCUGGCCUUAUGUUUCACUGGGUGGACAAUCUACCUACAAUACCGAGGGCGGAUAAGUGUUUUGCCGACCCUAAAAGCGGAGUAUCUCGAUCAGUUCCCAUCCAACUUACCGACGUGGCAAGCGCCUUUCUAAUUCUAGGCAUUGGUACUGGACUUGGAAUUCUGACGUUUUUAAUAGAACAGAUGUAUUCAAACUUCAAAAAGCGCAGACGUCAUGGGGUUCCGUUAAUUAAAAUAUAACAAAAACAAGACUUAAAUUUGAUGGUAAGCUUGCGUAGUGGAUGGUUUAUUAGCAUUUUGAAAGUAACCCUCAGUCCUGACUAGCAGGCGAGGAAUAGCCUUAGAUCGUCGUGAAUUUUUGGUUUCAUUUUUUGAAAAUAUAUCGACCUACUUAAACAAAGUUCUGAGUAUAGCUACAAAAACGUUUUAUUAUUCUUUCUUUCUCAGUAUUUGUGUUUAAUUCCUCUUUCCGUCAUCAUCAAUUUCAAUAAUAAAAUUGUAGCAACGCUGAUAGCA